UAUGACUUUGAAUAUUCAUAUGAAUCAUAUUAUUGUAUGAGUCACAAUCACAAUGACUACUAUACAAUGAUUAUCCUUUUACCAUGUUGAACCGGUGAAACAUCCACUACAAGGGUUGAAAAAUCCUCCCAAAUUCAACCAACUCAGUCCAAACAACAUCAAGUCCAAACCCUAAAAACUACAGCCCAAUCAGGUCCAUUAACCCAAAUCAAAAGUAGGCCCAGCCCAAUUUCUACAAAAAUGUAGAAAAUAGAAAAACCCUUCUCCAAGCAAAUUCUCAGAUUCUAGAAAAAAGCUUUCCAAAAAAAAAAAAAGGUUCAAGUUUCUCUCUCGUUUCAUCGGAGGAUACUCGAAAUAAAUCCUCCAUUAAACUUGAGUAGAGAUUUCUUGACAUUCUUGUAAAUUCUCAAAUUUCGAGAAAAUGCAAGGUGUGAUAGCACAGCCAUGCUUUUAUGCACCGGCAGUUCUUAAUUACCGAUAUAGACAGCCUAUUCGUCGUGAUCAUGUAGAGGUUAGCCAGCCUGUUCGUCGUGAUCAUGUAGUGGUUCCAAGAUUGAAGAUUAAGGCUUGCCCUUUGCACGUUGCUGCUUUCUCAGCACCAUUAGCAAUCAACAAGCAAUCAAAUGAAGAUAGCCUUUUGCAUAAUCUCUCAUUUUCGCCUUUGAAAAGAGGCUCCUAUCUCCCAAGGGCAUCAAAGGACACACUCUUCAGUCUCCCACCAUACCCGAAAAUGUUAGAGAAACCAAAAUGGUGGUGGAGGUCUUUGGCAUGUCUGCCAUAUCUGAUGAAUUUCCUAGACCAGCUCACUUGGCUCUAUGCUCACCCUACCAAUAACCCUCCGCCAUUCCUCGAGAACCUUGAUAACUUAGUAUUCCCAUUGCACAGCUCCCUCUUAGCACUCCCCAAGUUUUUCCUGUGAUGUUACCCUAUCAUGUUUUACUUCUAGAUAGUAAGGCGGAAAGAAUGGCCUCAUUUCUUCAGGUUUCAUGUUAUUACAGCAGUAUUGCUAGGGAGUUUGGUGCAGGCGAUUGGGAUAUCAAGCAAUUGGUUCCCCUCGCGGUUCUUCCCUCCACAUUUUUGGUCUGCUGCCACUUUUUUCUUUUUGGUUACGGUGUUGGAGUGCAUGAGAUGUGCUCUUGCUGGUGAAUAUUCCAGUAUCCCUUUUGUCAAAGACGCUGCUCUUCUCCAUUCAGACCUGAACAUCAGAUGAUUGCAUCAAAUUUGAUUUCUGAGCUGUUGGGAUACAUCUCCGACGUUAUCAACAGACUAUAGGUAAGGCCUUGGAAAGGACUUCAUUCAGCUGAGACAGUACGAGUCUUCCAUUUAAACGGGGUAUACAUUGCACUACAUCUGUUAGGAUCCGGACUACUUAAGAAGCAGUAGAUAACGAACAGGAAGUGUCACAAUCAAAAUAUAGUUUACAUUCCAGCAUAUUCAUUUUGUAACAAAAACAAAAUUCACUUUGAAUCAUAGGGAAUUCAUAUAGUAUUAGCAGUGAUUGCAUUCUAUAGUGUCACUUAGAAGUUUGAAGGGAUCCUUUUAACCACUAAGUCUCAGACUUCAGUAUAAUCUGCAUAAUUAAAAGUUGUAAUAUUGUAUAGUAUCAUUCUUAAUUUGUUUUCUCAAGUAUUAAAUUUUAUGUUAUGGGAAUUUCCUUGAACUUGACUCAGAAACAGCAGGGGAAUGCAGAGUCUCAAUUUCGUUUAAUAUUAAAGCAUCUCAGCACAGGAGCUUCUUUCGAAGAUUAAGUAUUAUAAGGUCCUGGAUAAAAAAUUAUCAAAAAAAAUUAUCACGUUAAUCAAAUUA